ACCUGCUUGAGAGGGCAUGGCCGCCGGAUAUUGCACAUUGCCGCCGGUCUUCGCCCCCUCGAGACACUCCUCUCGACUGCGCCAAUCACAGGGAUUGAGCAAAGCGUCCCCAAAGGUGUGUCCGCUGUGACCAGUGGCUGCUCGUUGCAUGAGCUACGACUCGGGCCGGGUCUGCUCGACUUGGAGACACACACCCCACGAGCGACUCACACACCAAACGCCUCGGCGUGGGCCCGGCAGAGGCAACAAUCGAAAGCGGCCGCCUAUAUCUACGUCUCCCCAUCUCGCCGAGGAGGAGGACGACAUCGAGGCGCAGGCGCCGCCGCCCACGACGUCGCCCGCUCCUCGGCCUCGCGGCGGGCGCUGCCGCCAGUGCCUCGGUUGGGGGGUGGGCAAGUUGAUGUGGCUGCUCGUGCUCCUCUCGCUGGGGCUGAACCUUGCGCAGCUUCUCACGUGGAACGAGCUCGAGACGCACAAGGAGUGGGUACGCCGUACCGCAACCGCCGUCCGCCGCCGUGCCUCACAUGUCGGCGCAGCCCUCAUGGCUGGGGUGAGCGAACCACUCGACGUCGACGACCUUGGGGACACUGGUGCGCCGCGCGACGACGCCCUCCCUUUUGACGACGAGCUCGUGCAUCAGCGGCGCGGUGGCGCACGCUUGCGGCAGCCUCCGCCUCCGCCACAGCAGCAGCGGACCGGGGGUCAGCCGCAAGGGCGGCAGGCUGCACCCGCGAGCACGGGCGUGACGUGGCCGAAGCCACAAUCGACCCAGCCGCCGAACCAGCCGCCGCCGCCGCAGCAGGCGCGGCAGCGGGCUGCUAGCACCGUGGUCUCGCUCGGGGCCCCGGACGCCAGCGCCGCGGCGGAGGGGCCAGCGGCCGCGUCGGAGGCACUGCUCGCGCGGCGGCGGGAGGCCGUGGGGGAGGUACACCCGCGGUUGCGGCUCGCGCUCACGCUUCCGUGGGUGGGGAGCACCUUUCCCUCCUGGUUCCCCUACUUCCUCGCGUCGACGAACCGCUCGUCGUACCUCGUCGACUGGCUCAUCUUUCACGAGGAGGCGCGGCUGCCGCCCGCCGGGGAGGUGCCGCCCAACGUGCUCUUUUUUGACCUCGGACGCGGCGGCCUCGGCUCGCUCUUUGGCCUCAAGCUCGCUUCCGCCCUCGGCGCGACCAACAAGCUGACGCGGUACAUGAACCUCUUCCGGGCCGCCUUCCGCGACUUCGCCUACAUCAUAACCGAGUACAAGCCGACCCACGGCACAGUGUUUGCCGACUACCUCGCUGGCUACUCGCACUGGUCGUACACCGAUUCGGACGUCCUCGUCGGCGACUUGCCGCUCCACCUCUCCCUCGAGGAGCUGACCGAGUAUGACGUCGUCACGUACCACUUUGGCGACGCCUUCCGCCUCUACUUGCGCGGCCAGUUUAGCGCGGGGCUGCUCGACGAGCUCGAGGCCAAGCACAUGCUGGUUAAGCGGCUCGCCGCAGAGGGCAAGCACGGCCGAACCCGCUUCCUAUCGGCGGAGGGGUGCUACUCGCAUGCCGUUGCGAGCGCGUCUGGCAUCCGGCUCAAGUUUGCGGCAAAGGCGUUCGCCGACUGGAGCGACGACCGCGAGUUUUAUUUGGUUGACGGCGCGGUGCGCCGAUGCCCGCAGCCGACGCAGACGUGGCUACCACCGGGCGAGGCGCCGCCCCUCGACCUCUCCAACCCGUGGGCCGAUGAGGUGGGCGAAGCGGCUUGCGAGCCGCUCGCGCCGGCCGCAGCUCCUCUCUCGGACGCGCUGCCCGCACUGCAGCGGACCCAGGGCGCGCCGGUGGCGCUGGCGAUCCACGCCAAUUGCUCGCGGUGGAUCGAGGAGCGCUACCGGCUGUGCGCAAACAUGAGCGAGGAUGAGGCGGCGGUCGGGUACGAGGUGACGCUGCGCGACGGCGCUUGGAGCGCGCGGCGCGUGGUGGCGGCAGCGCCCCGGGGCGGCCCAGCCGGCUACCUCGAGGCGGCGUUCCUCCACCUGCAGCGCUGGAAGGCGCAGCUCGGGCGCUUGCGCUAUGGCGACGCCGCGCUGCCGCGCAUCCGCGGCCGCCGACUGUUCAAGUUGUCGCUGCGCGGUUUCGAGCCCAUCGACGUCGAGUACGACCGAGCGCGUGGCGCUUCUCUCGUCACGUAUCGCCCGUACCGGCCAGAGCCGGCGUCCGCAGACGCCGCGCCGCUCCUCCAUCGCGACGUGGCCGAGCUCACCGACGAGGAGUGGCGCGCGCUGGAGGAGCGGCGACGGACCGCCAGAACGCCUCCGCGAUGACGAGAAGCAUUUUAUGUGUGUGUGUUGCGAUUACGUGUUAUUAUUAUUAUGGCGAAUAGUUUGAU